AUGCGGGAGGCGAAGCUGGAGGCCGACGUCAUCUUCAGCUACAGCGCUGGGAUCUGCGCGUGCGAGCAGGGCGAUCAGUGGCAGCGGGCUCUGGCGGUGCUGAGCGAGAUGUGGGAGGCGCAGCUGAAACCCGAUGCCAUCAGCUUCAACUCUGGGAUCAGCGCGUACGGGAAGGGCGUGCAAUGGAAACGGGCCUUGGCGCUGUUGAGCGAGAUGCGGGAGACGAAGCUGGAGCCCAACGUAAUCAGCUACAGCGCCGGGAUCAGCGCUUGCGAGAAAAGCGAGCGAUGGCAGCGGGCUCUGUCGCUGCUGGGCGAGAUGCGGGAGGCGAAGCUGGAGCUCAACGUCAUCGCUCCUAAUCUGCAAGUCCCCGUGCGUGCCAGAAGGGUCUCUGCAUCGACGAACCCCUCGGAGCCCCCGGACAUCCGCAUGAGCCCAGAAAUCGGUCCGGGCGUCUCCCGGAGCAGGCAUGGGGGCCCCGCCCGGAACGCCGCCGAGGCGUCUUCAGCCGCUCUCUUUCUUGACGGGCCGGUUUCUGCUUAA